UUUAGCUUUGUGAACGACAGGCGACGGAGACAUUUUAAACAAACAUAGAGCUAACUGCUAAUAGCUAACGCUGCUCGCGAAGGUGCGAGCGGACUGCGGCAAACACAUUCAAAUUUCUUCAACUUGUGAAGAAGUUAAGUGAAUUUCGCAGUGCACUGUUUGUACAACGUAAAUUAGACAGUCCGACAGUUACCGAAGAUGUCAAAAAGUUGGACACUGGAAAACGAAGAAUAUAACUAACGCAGUGCAGGUCAGUCCCUGUCCAGGCACAUCGGUCCAAGUUGUCUGGACCUUUGGGCUCUGGGCUUAACUAGCAUGAAGAUGGCUGAUUCAGAGAAGGUAGAUGAAUUUUUGGAUGCUGAAUGCCCCACAGAGUGCCUGGAUGAAGCACAACCAGUCCCGACUUCCGUUCAAGGAGAACAGGAUGAGCAUCUGAAAACAGAGACCACCACCAGUACCAGUUCGCCCCCAAGGGAAAAGGAGGCAGACAGCCCCUUGAAUACGGAGGGUGAGCAGAGUCUCCUCUCCAUGCCAUGCCUGAUGAAGGAGCUCAGGCGAGACUCCCCAGAGUCCCAGCAGACAUCUACAGGGAGUGACAAACCUGUGUCACGUCAUAUCUAUGAGAGCGACUCCUCGAAUCCUUGCAUGCUCUCCCCUUCAUCGAGUGGCCACCUGGCUGACUCAGACACACUUUCCUCAGGGGAUGAAGGUGCUGCUCCUCCUGCAGGGGGAGAAGAAGAAGGAAACAUGGAAGCUGCAAAUGAUCCUGGGCACGUAACAAAAAGGCAAACAUCUGCUACAGCUUCCGGGGGAAGGAAGUCUCGGCGGUCACGUUCGGAGAGUGAGAUGCCUCCCAAUGCAAUGGCUGCAAAAAAGAAUCGCUGCCAGCCAACAGUGGUAGCAGCAGGGCAGGAAAAACAAACCAAUGGCAAGCUGGGAAAAGUGAAAGGUCAUCGGAGUCAGAAACACAAGGAGCGUAUGCGUCUGCUGAGGCAGAAACGAGAGGCAGCAGCACGGAAGAAGUAUAACCUGCUGCAGGACAGCAGUACAAGUGACAGCGAGCUCACAUGCGACUCCAGCACCAGCUCCUCUGAGGAUGAAGAUGAUGACACAUCCGGAGGAAGCAAGACAAUCAAAACUGAUAUUCCAGACGGGCCUCCAGUAGUGGGUCACUAUGAUAUUUCAGACACUGAUUCUAACCAGGAGAGUAUGAGUGUGGAGACAGUCCGGCCCACGGUGAUAAAGCAUGAGCUAAAAACACACAGAGGCCAGAAUAUGGCAACUCACUCUGUGUGUAUAAGAGCUCUGAGCUCUAUCUCAGGCCACGUGGAGGCAGAGCUGUUGCACAAGGAGAGCUCUCAACAAAAGGGCCAGAUUAAGAUUGCGUCCUCUGACUCUGAGGUGGAAAUAGUCGGAGUUCAAGAGAAAGCACGAUGUGCCCAUCCAUGUGGAGGGGUUAUAAAGAGUCUGUCUUCCUGGAAAGAGAACUCAGUGGAGCAGUUUAACAGCACAAAUCAGUCACAGCUCUGGACUACUGUUUCCCCUCAGCCCAACUGGGUGUCUCCUCCUGAGGUGGUGGACCUCACGCUGGACGAGGAUGCCGGACACAAAUAUCUACUUUAAACAACUUCUACACUGAAGACUCCUUAUUUCCUUCUCUGCCUCUUCAUCCACCUUGCCUAGUCUAGGAGUUUAGGCUGAAAUCCUUUCUAGAAUUGCAGCCUUGCCUGUAACCGUUCAUGGACUCUUCCUGCUCCAGAGCACUUUUGUGUUUUUAACUUUCCGUUGAACAAUCAUCUGUCAAAGCCAUUCUACUGCUGUGAUUCCCUGAUUGUGGCUUAUCAGCUACAAAUUUAACUGUAAUUAAGUGACAGCACUUCAAGUGCAGGUGGAAAUGUACAAGAGUGUUUUUAACUGUUAACAAUAGCAAUAUCCUCCCUUCAUUUAAUACCUCGUUUACUGCUACAGGUAGUCAUUUUGUGUUGUGUGCUUGCAAGAUGAAUUUUGACAACUUCACAUUGCUGCUUAAAAGCAGGUCAGUAUCACAACACAACUGUUGACCUGCUUCAUCACAGACUUUGAAUAGGCGGUUUUUAAACGGAUUUAGCAUUUUCACCUGACGUCAAACACAAGCUGCACUUUUCAAUGUACAGUAGACCACACAUGAAUGGCAAAGUUUCUGCUGGGGAGGAUUUUUGUUUUCAAGGUCUCUACACUGGAUGUGCAGUAUGCAUUAAUAGCUUGCUUUACAUUGUUCAAUAUAGUCAGCUUAGGCUCUGAUACUUGCAGGUGUUUGGGUUAAUUUUAAGGAUAUUUCGGGGAAUUAUUCGCUCUUUGCUGUGAGGGAAAUGAGGACAUUUAGAAUGCCUGUCAUAGUCUGACCCUUUCCAAAGGUAUUGGAAUCCACAUACCCUUGUAGAUCCUUAAAAGCUCACUAAUCAAUAUACCAUAUCUAACGCAGAAAACAACUCUCGCCAUUUUUGGGGAUUGUGCCUGUCUGCGUCAUGUCCAGGCACGAAACUUCUUCAGCUGACCCCUUGUUAAGUAGCUGGAUAAAAACAGACUUGCUGCUUUACUAAGUUAAACUGGCUGUCACUUCUUAUUUUGACUGAAAGACCUGACAGUGAUAUCAGUUUUUCUAUUUUUUGUUGACAGGAACCUAAUGUGUUAAAACCAUUAUGCAAUGGGAAACUUGUGUCCAAACUUUUGACUGGUAGUGUGUGUGUAUAUAUAUAUCUAUAUAUGUAUAUAGAUAUAUAUAUAUAAAAGCAGGUUUUGUUUCUGCUGUAACUACUAUAUUAUAAAAUUGUUUGCUUUUUUUUUUUAAGGAAAAAAAAAUUAAACACCCAACUCUGCAGGAAAAGCACACACACUACAAAAUAUCAUUGAUUUUCUCCACAGUAGUUCUACAUAUGUGUGCUGCGAGUGGUGUGCUGGCAAACAAGCCAUUUAUCUUUUGUUUGAUGUGUAGGAACCACGUUUUUUUUUCUCUUGAGUCCCAACUGACUUGGUUAUCUGUGAAUGUAUGACUUUGCAGUACCGGCUGGGUGUGUUUAAUGUUUGCAUGCUUAUCCAGAUUUCUUGCAAACUCCUUUAAAACUCUGGGGACCCCUUUCUAAUAACUAAAGAAAUGUAUCUUCCAUUGAAUACUGCUAAGCUAGAUGGCCAGAAUGCCUUUGAAAUGUGCACUAUUUUCUUUUAGAAUGGGAGAAAUCUUAUUCUUUUAUCUUAGAAAGCAGUGGAUUUUUGAAGUAUCAACAAAUAUUUUAAUUAAGUACACACACACACACAAAAAAAAGUGAAAGUAGUGUUGAGUUUGUGAUUAUGUGUGGGGCGUUAUGAGACAUUUACUGUAUGCGCUGUUUUUACCCUGAGCCUCAGGGCCUGUUACUCUUUCCCUGCAGUCUUACUUUGUGCUCAUGCAGUACUGCAGCCAAGCUGGUAAAUUUUUUAUUAAUAGUCCAACUUGACACAAUAUUUUUAAUUUCUUCUAUCACAUAUUGAAUAACAUUUACUUUGCUAAGUGAUGUUUGAGAAUUAUAGAAAUAUAUUAACUUCUGCUGGUCACAGAAAGGGAAAAUUUUAAACAAACUAAACCAAAGUCUAAGUGGAAUUUCACUUUGUUUCAUUUUACUGUUUUAGAAUUGUAUGUUCAAACCAUUUGUCAUGAAAAGACAUGAUAUGAAUUAUGUUUUCAAUUCAAGAUAUUGUAUAGUUAUAUCUUUGUUUUUAUUUGGCCAGUCCUUUCCACUGUAUGAAGCUGCCACGGUAAUAAUUCUUUGUCAGACCACUUUUCCUUGUAAAAUUCUGCACUUAAUUCUGCUAUUGUUUUAUGGGAUUAUUUUAGAAUAUUAGUAAAACAUUACCCAUGUCUUUACUAAUUGAGGUGCAGUAGAAAGCAGGGCAUGUAUGCUUGAUUUGGUUGCACAUUGCAUGUUUAAUGGCUUCUCUUUUGUUAACCUCAAGUCACAAAUCUCCCUCAUUACAAGUAAUGCAGCCUUGCUCUUCUCUCGUUUUCAUUUCAGUUUUACUGUCAGUAUUUUAAAUUAACAAAUGUUUAUUUUGUUGCUUCUGCAAGUCCUUGACUUCCUUGAAAUCAAGUCUGUAGAACAAAAAGAAACUAUUUUAAAAUUAAAAUAAAUUGUGUAUUUAA